ACUUGCGCUUUGUUUUGCAGUACGAUCGGCGGCAUAUUUCAAAAAUUUUUGUAAUUUAAAAUGAGGAAGAUUAUAAAACUUUGUUUAAUUUUAAUUCUGUUUUUAACAUCAUCUUGUGAAUGUGUUAAAGAUGAAGACUGCGAUUGUAAGGAGUCAAAAAUUGAUCCGAUUGAUUGCAUGAGUUUAAGAAAUAAAAUUCAAAUAUGCACUGGGUCUUUUCUUGAACAUGCAAUUAUGAAUAACAAUCCUUAUGCAAUUUGUACCAACAACUGUACGUACGAAUCACAUCGAUUAACACUAAAAUACUAUGAAAGACUUUUCAUCGUCCAUGAUAAUCACACCAGAAACUCAUUGUGUGCUGAUGCACUUCUCAGGCAGAACAGAAUGAACGUGAUAGAUAGUGUAGUAAGCUAUGUCAAGUCAAUAUGGGAGUCAUCUAAUUGUGACAAUUGUUACAAUGAAGCAACAGGAUUUAAACAUAAUUUUAGUCGAAAAACUGAAGAAUUUUUCGAUUUUCAAGAUAAAUACAAGGAAUGUAUUAAUACUGAAUACAAAAAUGGAUCAAACAAUAGCGUCACAUGCAACAAUUGUCAGAAAUACUAUCAAAUCGUCAACAGUUUCUAUGAACAAAUUCGAGAAUCUUCAGAAAAUAAAAUAUGCUUUGACAUCGAAGACAAAAUGGAUAAAAUUCGAUUUGAUUGGACAGAAAACCACAAGUGCCAUGUUGAUAAAAAUGCGUCAUAUUUUCUUUUUUAUAGUUUAGCUGGUUUGAUUGUUGGCAUUGCAAUAACUUUCUUUGGAGUUGUUUAUCAUUUUGGUCUUAGAAAACGUUCGGAAAAUCCUUUGGAUGAUGAGGAAGUUUCACAAAAUGAUGAAACUCUUGAGAGAUUAUUUGAAGGAUCAUCUGAAAUAUCAAAUGAAGAACUUCCUGUAGAAUCAUCAACCCCAAUCGAGAAGAGAGACAUUGAAAGUGUUAACAGUAAAUGCGUUGAUGAAAACGACACUGACGACGACGAUCUUCCAUUAAGUGGCGAUGUUACGGUGCCAAAAUUGAUUUCUUUCAAUUAAAAAUACUUUUAAACUGUUUCGUGAUAAAAAAGAUUCUUUUAAAAUAAAGAAACUUUAAUUUUUCGAAAUUUUUUCAAAGUUUUAUUUAAUGCUACUUUAUGACCCAAAAGAAAACGUCAAUUACAAUCAAAGCGUGUUCCGUGAAGAAUUACAAAAAGAAGAAAGAAAUCAACUGGCAAUAAGAAAAGGAAUAAACAAGAAAUUAUUUUUUCUGUCGACAAUUUGUCUGAAAUGUUUUUAUAAUUUGAAUAUCUAGAAAAUUUAGAUGAUC